AGCUCAGGCCUAUUCUGUGGAUUUACAUAAGGCAGCCAUCAGCCGGCCCACUCAUUACCAUGUUUUAUAUUCCCCAGCUCUCAGAAAGCAUCAUGGCAAAGUAGCUCCAUCCUCCCCUUCAACAGGGAAGUGAAGCAGGUGUCAGCAGUGAACUCCCCACAACACGGAGCACUCAGGAAGGAAGAACUUUUCGACUUUUGUGGUACUUUUACUCUGAUUAACCCCGCUUCCUCCAUCCCUUGUUUCCCCCUGCUCAGGCGCACACAGCAGCAGGCCUAUAUGUUGACUUUUUAAUGUUCUCUAAAAUGGUAUCGAAGCUGACAUCCCUGCAGCAGGAGCUCCUCAGCGCCCUGCUGGACUCAGGACUCACCAAGGAAGUGCUGAUCCAAGCCCUGGACGACCUGGACCCCAGCCCGCCGGGCUUCGGAGUAAAACUGGAGAGCCUGUCCAUGUCCCCCGUUCCCGGCAAGAUGAGCGGGCCGGACGCCGACUCCAAACCCGUCUUCCAUACGCUCACCAACGGCCACAGCAAGGGCAAGCUGUCCGGGGACGAGGGCUCCGAUGACGGGGACGACUACGACACGCCGCCGAUACUGAAGGAGCUGCAGUCGCUCAACACGGAGGAGGCCCUCGAGCAGAGGGCGGAGGUGGACCGCAUGAUUACAGAGGACCCAUGGCGUGCUGCCCGCAUGAUCAAAGGUUACAUGCAGCAGCACAACAUCCCCCAAAGGGAGGUCGUCGACAUCACAGGGCUGAACCAGUCUCACCUCUCCCAGCACCUCAACAAAGGCACGCCCAUGAAAACACAGAAGCGAGCGGCCCUCUACACCUGGUAUGUCAGGAAACAGCGGGAAAUACUGCGACAGUUCAACCAAGCAGUGCAAGGUCCUGGCAGCAAUAUGACAGAAAAAGACAAUCAGGAUCCGGCAUUUUUUUUCCCAGAGUUCAAUCCUUCUGGUCAGAGCAUGGGUCAGCCCGGUGAGGAGGUCGGCAGCGAACCCUCGUGCAAGAAAAUGAGACGCAACCGUUUCAAAUGGGGGCCUGCGUCCCAGCAAAUCCUGUACCAGGCCUACGAACGACAGAAGAACCCCAGCAAAGAGGAGAGGGAGAGUUUAGUAGAGGAGUGCAACAGAGCGGAGUGUCUUCAGAGAGGGGUCUCCCCCUCUAAAGCGCAGGGCCUCGGCUCUAAUCUGGUCACAGAGGUGCGAGUGUACAACUGGUUUGCCAACCGACGUAAGGAGGAAGCCUUCAGGCAGAAGCUGGCGAUGGACGCCAUCACUGUACCGACCCACAGCAUCAACCCUCUGCUGUCACACAGCUCGCCACAUCACCCCCAGAACAGCGCUUCACCUCCCAGUAAGACGUCAGUGCGUUACAGCCAAGGCCCCGGUGAGGUCACCUCCUCCACGACCAUCAGUCACCACAGUAGCAACGGCAUGGCCACCAGCCAGUCGGUGCUCCAACAGGUGUCUCCGGGAGGAUUGGACCACAGCCACAGUCUGCUGUCACCUGACGCCAAGAUGAUUUCUGGUUCAGGUGGAGGACUUCCUCCAGUCAGCACACUGACAAACAUCCACAGCUCCCAUCACAGCCAUCAGCAGACACAGAACCUCAUCAUGCCUCUAUCUGGAGUCAUGGCCAUCGCUCAGAGUUUAAACACGUCGCAGUCUCAGUCGGUGCCGGUGAUCAACAGUGUGGCGGGCAGCCUUGCAGCGCUGCAGCCGGUGCAGUUCUCCCAGCAGCUUCACAGCCCCCACCAGCAGAGCCUGAUGCAGCAUUCACCCAGCCACAUGAGCCAGCAGCCAUUCAUGGCUGUCACACACUCACACAUGUACUCUCACAAGCAGGAGCCGCCACAAUAUUCCCACCCGUCACGUUUCCCCUCCGCCAUGGUGGUCACAGACGCCAACAGCAUCAGCACCCUCAGCUCCAUGUCCUCCAGCAAGACGGACGCUCCUGUAAACAAGAUGGUGCAACUCGGGGGUCUCUCCUGGUGUCCUCUUCAAGCUUGGUGAGAGCAUCCUCGACUUCCUCGGUGCCCGGCAACCGGAGCGCAUUUUUCCACCCUCUCACUGCGGUAACCAUGACGACUCUUAAUAACCGGCAACGGCGCGCUUCGUGAUGAGUCAGUCGACAAACAAGAGGAGUGACGGUGACGGCGGGCCAGGCGGUGAAAAUGAAAAAUGGGGACAGAGAAGGAAAACAAACAACAACCCCCCCC